AUGUCGUCGCAGACCAUGACUGCGCCAGCCGUGGGCCAUCGACCGCCUGACCCAGGCCCCGAGAGCCCCAGGUACGACUAUGGCUGCUCACCGAACUCUACACCCCCUUCCAACCCUCGAAACGACUCCGCAAUCCGCGACAUGCAGAAGAAUUCUGCCCCGUCAACCCCAAACGGCAUGUCCGCCCCAGAAGUCGGAAUCAAGACAGAAUGUUCCGACAGCCAGGACCUUUCCGCCGCGCAACAUCAAAAAAAUACAAAUACCCAGAAUGCAGCCAGCGCGCUCCUGGCUCAACUGCUCGGGAAUCAGUCGGCGCCAAAUUCUGCCCCGACGGCAAUGGGACAAUCGGGGCCCGGCGAAGAUCAGGACAUGGACAUGGACAUGGAUAUCAAGAUGGACGAUUCAAUCUCUCACCCCUUCGACAUGAGCGGUCAACAUCCGACGCCAAUUGACCCAAGUUUGCAACACGACUCCACGAUAUCCCGUGAGAUUCAGGAUAUGCUAAAUGGGAAAGCUUUGGGCGACGAACUUAUGGUCGCAAAUUCCGCGCAAGAUAUGAGCCACGAGGCAUUCAACCCAUCGGAUGCGAUGGAUACACUUACAGAUCCUCUAAACCUGAAACAGGACCAGCCAUCUCUCCUGCCACCCUUGGACUUUACCACCGCCCCGAAAAAUGCCUUCGAAGCUCUCCAUCAGAAUGAAAUGCUCACUGCCGCUUUCUUUUCGCAAAACCCCGACUUUUCGGGACUCGGAUACCCGGACGGGACUGCUUCAAUUGCGGGCUCAGAGCCCAAGAUCCAAGCAUUCGCCAAACUGGAGUUCGACGACGGUCAUUUCUAUGUGAAUACCUACUCAUUCAUCCUAGGGCGAGACGUGCGCGCCGCCCGCGCCGCCCAUCACCGAGAGUUCCAGUACCGGCAGGCCGUGCGAAGCUCUCGAGCGAGGAGCUCAAACGGGGGAACAGCCCAUACACCAAACCGUAUGAAGCGGGAAGAAAGUGCUGCUAUGAUGGGUAGUGUGGUCAGCGACCGAGGAGGUAUCAUGGGCUUCGACCCAGAUAUUCCUCCGCAUAUGCCCGGCAACUUCAACCCAAGCCGCCGGUCCUCAAGAUCCUCAUUUGACGAUGCUGUUGUACCCUUACACGCAAACCCCGCUCAAUUACAAUCGACUACCGACUACAAUGCACUGGCAAUGCAAUCUUUACAAGAUGGCAACGGGGACGCAAAGCCCGUGGAUGCGAUGGCUCUUCUGCCAUCCCCGGACUCCUGUCCCACGAUCCCAAUUCAUCCCCCGACGACCGUCGAUGGUAGUGCUGCUGGUCACCGUGGGAUUUCUCGUAGACAUGUGCGCAUCUCAUACAGUUUCGAUAAAAACUUGUUCGAGAUGGAGGUGAUGGGACGUAACGGAGCUUUUAUCGGCGCUGAUUGGCUCUCACCAGGGCAGGUCCGUCCUCUGCACAGUGGUGACUACAUCCAGAUCGGUGGUGUACGCAUCCGUUUCUUGCUGCCAGACGUUCCCAUUGGUGAAACUGGGGCGGAUAGGAUGGAAGAAAAGAUGGAAGAGGAGCCCCAAAAGGCAGAAGUGGAAGAAGAUGAUGAUGAUGAAAAGGACGCUCGUGCCUCAAUCGAAAUGGACGAAGAUGUCGACGAAUCAGAGAGACUUGGAAGCGACAGCGGGGAAAGUCGAGAGCCUUCUAGCAAGGCGUCUAGGCUCAUACUCAAGACGAAGGAUCACAAAUCGUCCCAGGCAAUGGAUUCCAUUGAGGAUAACGACUCGCAGCCGGCGCGCCGGCGGGGACCAGGGCGCCCACCUAAGGAUGGCAUCAUGUCCAAGCGCGAGCGAGCUGAGCUUGCUCGUGAACAGAAGAUUGCGGCUAAGCGCGAGGCCAACGGGGGUGUUACGCCACCUCCGCUCAAGGUGCCCAAGGCCGGGAAGACAGUCGCCAAAGAAAUCCCUAUUCCUGAGUCACCAACGAACAAACCAGCAGAGAAGCGGAAAUACACCAAGCGAAAGAAGCUCGAUGGGACACCAAUGGAUUCUCCUAUUCCUUCAACGGAGGGCGGCCAGAUGUCUACAGAGCCACGGCAAGAGGAAUAUGUCAAGCCACCCCCAGUCAAGAAGCGCAAGCCUUCGAGGUCACCAUCUCCCAACUAUCCUCCGGAAUCUGCUUACACGCCGGAGGAUCUGGCCAAACCUCCCUACAACUAUGCUGUUCUCAUCUUUGAUGCGUUAACGGAAGCUGGAACGCCAAUGACAUUGAAGCAGAUUUAUCGUGCCUUGAAACUGAAGUAUCCAUACUUCCGCUUCAAGUGUGAGACAGAGGGUUGGACGUCCAGUGUGCGACAUAAUCUCAAUGGCAAUGGUCACUUGUUCAUGCACGCAGAACGAGAUGGCAAGGGAUGGUCCUGGCAACUUAUUCCAGGUGCAUCGGUUGAAAAGGAGAAGAAGCGACGCCCAUCGCCGCCACCCCAAGCUUCUCAUCCUCCGACACCUGCUCCCCAGCAAUACAUACCUCAACUGUCCCACUCAUACGCGCCGCCACAAGUUCCCCCACCCAUGCCGAACCCGGCACAGCAUUUCCAGUUCCCAUCCAUACCGCCGGCUCCUUUCCCAGCAUCGGUAUCUGUGGCAGGUACUCCAUCUCAUACCAGCCCUUACGCACCUUCACCAAAGGCCUCCGUGCCUGCUCCUCCCGCUCCUCCCCCUACUAUUGCUGCUGCCCCGGCUCAGGCCCCAGCGCCCACUCCAGCUGCGGCCCCGGCCCCUGCUCCUGCUCCUGUUGCUGCUGCUGCUGCUCCACCUCCUGUUUCAACACCGACACCGGUGUCAGUACCCCCUUCGGCGCCUAUCUCUACUCCUAUACCUUCGCCCGCGCCGACGCCAACUCCGACUCCAGCGUCUGCACCUGCACCCGCACCUGCGGCUGUGUCGGCACCGGCACCGGCACCAGCUCCGCCACAAAUCAAUCCUGCUGCAUCUUUCCCAAUUCCCAGUACCAUCCGCAACAAUCUUCCCGCUGCCUUCGCAGCAACCCUUCCAUCAACCUAUACCUCACCCUAUGCAUCCGCUCCAACUCCGCAGAAUGGUCAGCAGCAGCAACAACAGCCGCCGCAGCCCCAGCGGCCUCCCCAGGGACCACCAAAACACCAUUCACCUUAUAUGCCCCAGAAACCGCCUCCUCCACCAACCCAUACCAAUCCUCCGCCUCGAGCCUACCCCCCGCCUGGUGCACCUCAAUAUCAAUCUCAACACCAGCCACCGGUUCCGCCGCAGUCACAGCCACUGUCACAUCCGCCUCCGCAGCAUUCAAUGCCGCAGCAUCCGCACCAGCACCAGCACCAGCAUCAGCAUCAACACCAGCCUCAGCACCAGCCUCAGCACCAGCCUCAGCACCAGCCCCAACACCAGCCUCAACAUCAACAUCCACACCAGCACCAUAUUCCCUCCGGAGUCCCGUCUCAUUCUCACCAUCAGCAGCAGCUUCCUCCACAGCAACUCCCGCCGCCCCCGGAGUCAUCAACCUUUAUUGAUCGAGCCAACAAGGCCAUUGAUGACUUUGAAGCUGUGUUGAUGGAAGACUACGAGGACAAGAACUACAUUCGGGAAGUUCUCCGGAGUGCGCGCGCCCGUGUGUUAGGCAAUGCCCCCGAGAGUUCAUUCCCUGGUGGCGAGCCCAAGGAUGAGGCUGUCAUCAUGGAUGUGCUCCGCAAUCUGGUUGGAAGUCUCAAAGACGAAUGA